GUGAUGGAGCGGGUGAUGGAGCGCAACUAUGACUUCGAUCUCACCUACAUCACGGAGAGGAUCAUCUCUGUCUUUCCCCCACUGUUGGAGGAGCAGAGAUAUAGGCACCUGAAGGAGGUGGCUGCCAUGCUCAAGUCCAAACAUCAAGACAAGUUCCUGCUUUUCAACCUCUCCGAAAGGCGCCAUGACAACCGGCUGAAUCCAAAGGUCCAUGACUUUGGCUGGCCUGACCUUCAUGCCCCACCCCUGGAUAAGAUUUGCAUGUGUAAGGCCAUGGAGAUGUGGUUGACCUCCGACCCCCAACACGUGGUGGUCCUGCACUGCAAGGGCAACAAGGGUAAGACGGGCGUGAUCAUCGCAGCCUACAUGCACUACAGCAAGAUCUCUGCAGGGGCGGACCAAGCCCUCAGUACUCUGGCCAUGAGGAAGUUCUGUGAAGAUAAGGUGUCCUCCUCCCUCCAGCCGUCCCAAAACAGGUAUAUCUAUUACUUCGGGGGUCUUCUGUCCGGGGCCAUCAAGAUGAACAGCAGCUCUCUCUUCCUCCAUCAAGUCCUCAUCCCUGCGCUCCCCAACUUCCAGGGCGAAGGAGGCUACUACCCCUUCCUGAAGAUCUACCAGUCCAUGCAGUUGGUCUACACCUCGGGCAUAUAUGACUUACAAGGAACUGGAGGCAGGCGGCUGUGUGUGACCAUCGAGCCAGCGCUGCUGCUCAAAGGUGACAUCAUGGUGAAAUGCUACCACAGGCGAGCCCAGAGUGCUGACAGGGACACGGUUUUCCGCCUGCAGUUCCACACCUGCACCGUCCACGGAUCCCAGCUGUGGUUCGGCAAGGGAGAGCUGGACGAGGCCUGCACAGAUGAGCGUUUCCCAGCCGACGCGACGGUGGAGUUUGUCUUCUCCUCUGGACCGGAAAAGAUCAAAGGCCGUGAGUACCAGAAGAACGACCCGGCUGUUACAGUGGACUACAACACAUCUGACCCAGUGGUCCGCUGGGACUCCUAUGAGAACUUCAACCAGCGAUACCAGGACAGCUUAGAAGACAUCGCCCACACCAAAGGUCCGCUGGAUGGCAGUCUCUACGCCCAGAUAAAGAAGCGGCGUGGUCCUGGCUCCGGCUCCCUCACCUCAACCAACGGCAGCAGUCCAGGGGCAGGCAUCCCAGAGGACAGACCCGGCCAUUUCAUAGGCUCUGACUCCGCCCUCUCAGCCCAUUCCGGCCAUUCAAACCAAUCGUCUAUCCACCCUGAGCGCCAGGAGGAACUGAUUCAUCCCUCACCCCCGACAAGACGGGAAAGGGAGGAACUUGAACGUCUUCUUGGAGGCAUAGAGGGAAACGGUGACAGUGAGCGAGAGACCGCCAUUUUGGAUGACGGAGAUUCCUUACCCUCAGAGCGCACUGGGACACUGAGGCCUCAGCCGGUCAUGCUCCUGUCGGCCGGUUACAGGUCCCAGAGCUGUGCUGAGCCUGGCUGUGACCGUACCCUCCUCAUGCCGAAUGGGUACUGCCUCGACCGGGCACCUGGUACCAACGGGCACCACGGGGCCACCCUCUCUGCCAACCCUCACCUGGCAGCCCCUCCUUCGCACAUGGAUCUGUGCCAGCACUACAGCCCCCACUCCCACCAGUCCCUUCCACCUCCUGACCUGGUGUGGGACCGCCAGACUGGCUCAUCACACUACUUACACCGCUCCUGUACGGACACUGCCCCCUCCACUCACCAGUUCUAUCCCUAUCCAGCCCCGGACCUUACACCUCACCCCCACCCCCACCCCCACCCCCAUCCCCUGUCCGCACCGAGUCGGCUGCUUUGUCGAGGGGAUGACUACAGCUCCUACCACCAUCCUCCUCCAUCCCACAGCCACCAUCACCCCCAUCCGCACCAUCCCAAAUGCUCCACCAGCCCAACCUACCACGAUAUAAUGCUGCUGGAUGGUUUACCACCCCCUGGCUGUCCCUAGGACUGCAGUGUCAGAAGAGAAGACUCAGCAGUCUAUCAUGGUAUAAGGCUGGACCGCGGCGACAGCUUCCACUGGGACCGAGAAGCAGAGCUUCAGCAAAGGGAGGUGGGGCUAAGGAGAGCCAGGGAAGCAGAGCUCCCGAGAGGGUCGGAGCUCCUGGAGAGGGAUCCCGGGCUGAGGCGAGGCAGAGAGAUGUCCCUGCACUGGGAGAGAGACAGGGAGGUCGAGAUGCAGUGGGAGAGGGAGAGGGAGGCAGAGUAUUGGCACAGGAGGACCACUGUAGCCUCCUACGGUCCACAGGGUCAUGACCUGCCAGCGUACACCUUCGAUCCCUUGCCAUCGGGUCACCCAGCCUACCCAGAGGCGUCACGGUCCCAUGUUCACUCCCAUUUGGAUCUGAAGUACAGCAGCAGCAGUAGUGGGUAUCAAACUCCCCACCAAGCCUGCCCCUGCUCCCCCUACCAGCCCUCGCCAUCUGAGAGCAGGGGCUACGCCUCAGGGUACCCGUCAGCCUCCACCUCUCCUCUGCCCCCCGUCUCCUCCAUGCCGGGGUCCUGUAACCAUGACAGCAGCCCGGUUGAGCAUAAUCACAGUCACCACCAUCACCAUCCAGACUCACAGCAGUCAUGUGGCUCUGACUCACAAACUGAUGGCCUCCGUAGUUCGGGUGAGAGUGUUGGAUGGAGAGUCCACAGAGAUCGCCACGCUGCCUGCUCCACCCCCUCCGACAUGUCUGGAUCCCCCACGCCCGUCCACAGCAGCAGCCCCCUGCGCACACAGGAAGGUCCCAGUCUAGGAGGAAGGGAGUAUCAGAUCCGGACCACUGACAUCAUCAGCAAUGACUACGAUGCUGCCAAGCCACAGGACAGACCAUUACAUUGUAAUAAAAGCCAAGACCCCCAGCAAACCCAUACACAAACACAAAUCACAGACCCCUCGCUGCCAGCUGGGGCCGCCAAAGACACACACUCACAUGCAGUGACCACAACUGCUCACGUUGAACCCACCAAUCACUGCACUGUACCCACAGACCCGCCCUCAGCCACGCAACAUAACCACUUCAGUUCAACCACAGCUUCAGCUCCGUCCACACAGAACCAGGACACUACCCCUUCUCCGCCUAACCCCAUCUCCCCAGCUAACCAGGAAAGCACUCAAUGCCCAGCCCCUUCUUCCAUAACUCCAGCAUCGCCUACAUCCGUUACACAUGCCCAGCCUGGUGCCCGCACCCUCCAAACACCCCAUCCUUCAGAGACUGCUGCACUGACCCCCUGUGUUACACAGGAAACGUCUCAGCCGCGGACCGAGACCCAGAUGCCCGGCUCUCCAGGACCGGCCCCAGCACCUGUCAAGGUCAACGGAGUGUCUCAGUCAAGGGAAUCUGUCGUGGAUGUCCUCAAACCCACUGGCACUAUCCCCGAAACCUCACCUCCCCCCGUAUCUCCCACCCCAGGGUCACUCUCCUCACCCCAGCCCCAACCCACUAGUAUGGAGGGGUCCACUGCCUCUGAAUCCCCAGUUCCUGGCUUCGCUACUUUAAGUAGGAGAUUGAUGUUGAGUGGGUUAGACCCCCACCAUCUGAACUACAGUCAGCAACAUGGACCACCACAUCACCAGUAUCCUUAUACGGAGCCCAGCGCUGUUGGACACGCCGACAAGCCCUGCGCGCCUUCUCUGGAGACAGCCGAGAGACACUUCCAAUCCACCUUUCCCACCUCGGCAGGCUGUUGCCCUGCUAACGCCCCCCAUCUCCACCCUUCCUCCUAUUCCAACUACUCCACCGUGUCCGUCCCUCAUCCCCAUCCCCAGCCUCCUCUGCCAGAGAAACGUCGCCAGCCAGGGUCCCCCAAUGGUGGGGCGGGGACUCUGAGACCAGCUGUGGGCCACGUGCCUCCCUCCAAUGCCACUCAGCAGCAGCACCACGUCACCUUCUCUCCUACAGUGGGGGAAAUGUCGCCCCCUGCUGGUCAUACUGAGGGAGGGACAUCUGUUGAGUCGGACAACACCAACCGGGUCAGUGUGAAAUUUGUCCAGGACAGCUCGAGGUUCUGGUACAAGCCUGGAAUCUCCAGAGACCAAGCAAUUGCAGCUUUGAAGGAAAAAGAGCCAGGGGCCUUCUUGAUCCGGGACAGUAACUCCUUCCAGGGGGCCUACGGCUUGGCCCUGAAGGUGGCAACUCCUCCUCCUAAUGUCAACAACCACAACAGCAAAGCGGGUGACCCCCUGGAGCAGCUGGUGAGACAUUUUCUGAUAGAGACCGGCCCUCGGGGAGUCAAGAUUAAAGGAUGUCAGAAUGAGCCCUACUUUGGGAGUCUGUCGGCAUUAGUCUACCAGCACUCCAUCACGCCCAUCUCGUUGCCUUGUGCCCUGAAGAUCCCAGAGAAAGAGCUGAUCGGAGAGGUCCAGGAGGUUCAGCCGGCCAGUAACAUGAGCACCGCUGCCGACCUGCUGAAACAAGGGGCAGCCUGUAAUGUCCUGUACCUGAACUCUGUGGAGACGGAGUCUCUGACGGGCCCUCAGGCCAUCGCCAAGGCAACAGAUGCUACUUUGGGUCGGAACCUGCGUCCAGCUGCGACAGUGGUCCAGUUCAAGGUGACGUCCCAGGGCAUCACACUGACAGACAGCCAGCGCAGGGUGUUCUUCAGGAGACACUACCCAGUGAGCAGCGUAACGUUCAGCAGCAUCGACCCUAAGGACAGGAGGUGGACUAACUCAGACCACUCCGGUGUUAAGGUGUUUGGUUUUGUGGCCAAGAAGCCCGGCAGCUUGGCAGAGAACGUGUGCCACCUGUUUGCCGAGGUGGACCCCGAACAACCCGCCACGGCCAUCGUCAACUUCAUCAACAAAGUCAUGCUGGCCCACCGCCGAUAGAGGGAGACAGAGAGCGAGAGAGCAAGGGAGGGGGGGGAGGUCAAACAUCAGAACAGACAAGAAAAAUAGCAUACAUCACAUGGUGAUUAGCACCAUUUACAUCAAUGGCCAUGUUUUUUCAAAUGCGUCAUCGCAGUAAGAUGCUCUUUAACCCAUUUAUUUUUUGUUUUGUGGGAUGAAGGUUUUCUUACUGUCGUGCAUAGUGACUAUGGAAGUAACGCUGUUAAAGGCAACUACAAACUUGUUUGUCUUUGGUCGUUUGGUCUUUUCUUCCUCUCCGUCCUGGUCUGCCCCCAGCCUUCUCCUCUACGUCAUAAGGGGCUGGCUGCUGCGGGGCUGAGGGGGGCUGCCAGCUUCUGUUCCACUGUUAAAAUCCAAUAAAGCACUAUUUACACAGACAGUCAGCACACGUCAAACAAGAGAUAAGAGGACGGUCGUGUUGUCUGUAGUAUCACGACUCCUUUCCAGGACCAGGAGGCGUGGAAGACAUGACAGUCUUCAGGCUGUCCUAUGUCUUCCUCCAGCCUGCCUGUUUAAAUAAAGGUAGAUAGAUAUAGCUGACGUCAUCUUCGUGUAUUGCUCUUCAGAGAAUUGUAUAAAAUAACUGCACAGAUCAACAUUUCUUGCACUGUGUGGCCCUGAUGAGACUUUCCAGACGUCAACAGCCUUCAUGAUAUAUCACAGGUGUUUAUAUUUGUAUUGCUACAGACAGCCUCAUUUUUAGUAUCCCAAGCCCUGUAAUUUUGUUGAUCUGUCAGUACCAAUGCAGAGGUGUCGCUGGUCAGGUUGUGACUUUACCUGAUCAAUAACGUUUCACGGUGGCUUCGCUGUCAGUCCUGCCAAAGUAUUAUCGGUGUAAAUACGGUUGAUGUCUUCUUUACGUUAGUGCUCCUCGUUGCUGACAAUCACACGGUCCACCUGGGUUACCGGAGCUUCACAGUGGGGCAGAGACGCGUCGUUUUCAUGAAAGUAAACAUGAAUGUAAAGUUUCUGACUUUAAUGACACAACCGAGUACAAGGUGAGGUAGUGUGUGCAUGUGUGCGUGCAUGCAUGCAUGCGUGCAUGCGUCUGUAUGUGUGCAUGCAUGUGGGUGCGUGCAUGUGUGACGCGUGCACAUGCACGCGUGUGUGUGGGUAAAGGUUAGUGGUGUGCAGAGACCGUUGAGGGAAACGUGUAAGAAGUGGUAGUGUUGAUAACAGGGUAUUGUCACGUUCACUUGUGGGAUUUUCCGGAAAUGUCGUCUCGAAAGUGAGGAAAAAAUGUGAGAGGAUGGACUUACGAGUGUUUUUCCACACAGCUGCCAUGAAAUACAGCCAGGCUUUCAGUCAUUCACCAUCUCACAUGUAGAAGCUGCAGUCAUCCGUCAACAGGCUGACUCUUGGUUUGAAACCUCAGCAAACCACAUCAACGUUGGCCUCCCAGGCCGGGCCAGGCCGUCCCUCCGCCGUACGGGUGUGGUCAGACCGGAGGUGGACUCGCUUCUUAGUGAAUUAAGGGUGAAAUUCUCAUUUAGUUGAGUAUAAUAAGUUCACUCUGUUGAAAGUGAUGCCACCUACACACACACACACACACACACACACACACACACACGCACAGGUCAGAUCACAGCCGAAGGACCGGAGUACUUCACCAAAGACGGAGCACUCCUGCAUUAAUAACGUGUUUAUCUCGCGCUAUGUUUGCCAUUUUUGUUGUUUUGCUUUGUGUAUUUGUACUCCGCAUUUAUUAAGUGUUGACUUCCUUCAUAAACCAUAGAACUUCAGGACUUGUAUUGCACCAGUAAAUAUAUAAAUAUAUAUAUAUAUGUUAUACAUGCAGUAGGUUGUGUGUUCUUGUUGGUCUCUGUAUUAUGUAGUAAUAUAUUUUCUCACAAGCAGCUAUAAGACGAGUGUAAGAGAAAUAAAAGAGAAACGUUUGUUCAUAAAGGAAAUUAUCAUACCUGAUAUUUUGUAUGCACAAAUGAAGAAUAUUAUUAAACUGAAAUACUGUUGUACCAA